CUCCAAUUAAACGACUCCUCUAAUUUGGUAUCUUUCUCGCACGACGCCGUUUCUUUGGUUCGUUCAUUCAUCCACUAACACCAGAAAAUAGGUGAUUUCUCCAUCUCUAUCUUUCUCUUUCUCUUUCUCUUUCUCUUUCUCUUUCAAUACUUUUCUUCUCUCUUCAUUCUUUCGUCUUCUGUCAAAGUUUUCAACCUUUUAUUACGCGUUUAAGCCUCUCAACGUAUACGAUCUUCAAAGUGAGUUAGAAGAAUAAAAUCGAAUUUCCUUCUUCUACAUCAGACAAAUUCGAAUCUUUAGAACAUUCAGAUGGGGAGCUGCGUCUCUAAGGGAAAAGACGACGAUGAUUCCGUUCACAACGUUGAUUUUUCCGGUGGCAAUGUUCAUCUGAUAACAACAAAAGAGAGCUGGGAUGAGAAAUUAGCAGAAGCUGGUCGUGAUGGCAAAAUAGUGAUUGCAAACUUCAGCGCCACUUGGUGUGGUCCUUGUAAGAUUGUGGCGCCAUUUUUUGUAGAGCUCUCAGAGAAACAUCCUUCUCUAAUGUUCCUCCUUGUAGAUGUUGAUGAACUUAGCGAUUUCAGCUCAUCAUGGGACAUAAAGGCAACACCAACAUUCUUCUUCCUAAAGAAUGGACAGCAAAUAGGGAAGCUUGUCGGAGCAAACAAGCCGGAGCUACAGAAGAAGGUUACUUCUAUCAUUGAUUCAGUACCUGAAAGUCCACAACGGCCUUGACCGCUCCCUUGUGUUCUUUUGUGUCUUCUUCACGGUGGAAAGUACCAAAAAUGUCUUUGUUCUGAUGGUCAAUGGAUGUAAACUGCUAAAGUUUUUAAAAAGUCACUACAAGAAACCAUUUGAGUUAGAUCAUCCUAUUUCUAUAAUAUAUAUAUAUAUAUAUAUAUUGAAUCGUCUC